UGGGCUGGUUUACGACAGUUUUUCCUAGUUUACGGUAAGCAGCCUUGACGUGGAUGUCAGUAGCAAUGGCGGAGGCAGAAGAGCAAGUCCUCCAGGGCAGCUGGAACAGAGACCUUUCCAAUGCUCUGGAGUCUAGUAGCUGUGAACUUGAAACAAUGCAGAAUGUCAUCCAAGAUCGAGAUCUGCCUACUGAACAGAGAGUCAAAAUGUGGAAGAUUGCACUUAAUGUAGCAGGCAAAGGUGAUAGCCUAGCAUCAUGGGACGGCAUCCUAGACUUACCGGAACAGAAUCUUAUUCAUGAUAAAUGCCAACAACUGAUAGAUCAACUGCAAGCUGCAGAAGAUGAGGCUUUGUCAUUGCUUGCUGACGUGGAAUCAGUUAUAACCUUUUAUUGCAAGUCUCGAAACAUCACAUUCAUGGAGAACCUUGGUUGGCCGGAUCUAGUGAAACCUCUCCUCUGCCUUCGACUACCACGAAGUGACCUCUAUAACUGCUUCUAUGCUAUCAUGAGUAAAUACAUUCCCAGAGACUGUAUCCGUAAUGGACGUCCCUUCCACUUAUUUCGCCUUUUGUUGCAGUACCAUGAGCCCGAACUCUGUUCCUAUUUGGACACCAAGAAGAUCACACCGGACUCCUAUUCCCUUCGUUGGCUGGGGAGCUUGUUUGCAUCAUGUUCUUCACCAGAGGUGACUCAGGCCAUGUGGGAUGUGUAUUUCCAACAAGCUGAUCCAUUUCUUAUCUUCUUUUUAAUGCUCAUCAUUCUCGUCAAUGCAAAGGAGAGCAUCUUGACACAGGAAUAUAACAGCAAAGAGGAUCUCAUUAAUAUACUUGAGACAUCACCAGCCCACUUGGAAGUGGAAGAUAUUGAAGAUCUGUUUGCUUUAGCACACUACUAUUACAGCAAAACCCCACUUUCUUUGAGAAAGGAUAACCAAAAUCUUUUUGGAAGCAGUCUGGUAGCACUUAAAGAUGAAGAUAUGGAUCUGAGUCAAGCCCUCUGCCUUCCAAUAUCUGUGCCAGAGAUCCUCCAGGCCAAUCAGCAACUGGCGGAUGGUGUGAGAUUCUUUGUGGUUGAUUGCAGACCUGCUGAGCAGUAUAAUGCCGGACAUCUUUCAACAGCCUUCCACUUGGACUCAGAUCUUAUGCUGCAGAACCCAACGGAGUUUGCUCUAUCAGUCAAGACUUUGCUAGAGGCCCAGAAACAAUCUAUUGAGUCAGGGUCCAUUGCCAGUGGGGAGCACCUUUGUUUCAUGGGCAGCGGCCGUGAAGAGGAAGAUAUGUACAUGAACAUGGUUCUGGCACACUUUUUACAGAAAAAUAAGGAGUAUGUCAGCAUUUGUAAAGGAGGGUUUAUGGCACUCCAACAGCACCUGGCUGAUAUCAAUGUGGAUGGACCAGAUAAUGUUUAUGUACACUGGAUUGUCAGUACUUCUGGUUCUAGAGGUAGCAUCAGCUCCUCUGCCGAUAGUGAAUCCUUAAACAGCUUGGUUGAUGGUAAAGGGGUCAAGUCCCUGGUCAAUAAAAUGACUUUUGCUCUCAAGUCUAAGUCUGUUAACGUCAAGGAACGAGUAAUCAGCUUUAUUGAGAACACAUCUACACCUGUUGACAGAAUAUCUUUCAAUCUGCCAUGGCCAGAAAAGAUGAUCCCUGAUAGGCACGUUAGCAGUAGUGAUCGAGUUGGAAAGCCAUACCGGGGAGUAAAACCAGUCUUUAGCAUUGGUGACGAGGAGGAGUAUGACACAGAUGAGAUUGACAGCUCUUCCAUGUCAGAUGAUGAUCGCAAAGAGAUAGUCAACAUCCAGACGUGGAUAAACAAACCAGAUGUUAAACACCAUAUUCCUUGCAAUGAGGUGAAGGAGACUGGGCACAUGUUUCCCAGCCAUCUUUUGGUGACAGCCACGCACAUGUACUGCUUACGUGAGAUUCCCUCUCGAAAGGGAUUUGCUUAUAUCCAGUCACGGCAGGCACUUAACUCAGUGGUGAAGAUCACAUCAAAGAAAAAACAUCCUGAACUGAUUACAUUCAAAUAUGGGAACAGCAGUGCUUCUGGUGUAGAGGUGCUGGCAGUGGAAAGGUAUUUGAUACCAAAUGCAGGGGAAGCCACAAAAGCUAUUAAACAGCAAAUUGUGAAAGUCCUGGAUGCCCUGGAGAGCUGAUAGAUGGAGGGAUGCCAUAUAUAGCAAAACUGCUAAUCUUUUAAGGACCAAUGGCAGACCACAUUGCAUAAUGGAUUGAAACUGCCAAGGGAAUGACCAUUCCCACUCCCUUCCAACCUAUAAGAAGAACACUUCUGCCUGCCUGCUGCCCAGAGAGGUUUGGAGUUCCAGUGUUGCAGGAAACCCUUGUGGUGGGAAAUUGGAUAUAAAGUUAUAUGAAUUACUCAUUUGCUUUAAAAAAAAAAAUAGGUUUUUAUUUAUUUUUUUUUUUUCGAGGUGGUCUUUGGAUGAACUUGAAAGAUGCAGCAUAUUGAAAUGGUCAUUUUAAAACUUUCUCAGUAUGGCAUCUAACAAUUUCAAAAUGAUGUACAAACUGCUCAGUAAGGGUCUCAGGCAAAAUUGCUUUUUGCAAAUCUGAUCCCUGUCUUAACUUCUUCAUAGAAGGGUCUGUCCCAGACUAGUGUAGUUUGAAACAUUAACACAUAGUUUAGUUAUGGCUACUGUGUGCGUCUCAAUUAGGAGCUUUUGAAAGGUGAUGUAAUUCAAACAGCACUGCUCUAACUAAUAAUGAUUGCAGUGCAAAUCAUGGACCUGUUCAUAAAUGAUAUAGCCUGACCAAUGGAGCAUUUUUCUUUGCUACUGGUCAUUUGCAGUUGAGCAGAAAGGUGCUGCUUCUUCAGCUCAGCUAUCCUUCACAUGGAAUUAUUUGUAUAUUUAAUUAUGCUUUCAUUGAUUGUUAUCAUUAAUUUUGGCAAACUACAUCUAUCUAGUCAAAUACAUGCCAAAUGUGAACUUUAUAUAUAUAUAUAUAUAUAUAUAUAUAUAUAUAUAUAUAUAUAUAUAUAUAUAUAUAUAAUAUAUAUACUUCAUUAGACAGUUUAGGAGACCCUUUUGAUUAAUUACCUACCUUAUGCUGUGUGGCUCUUAUGGUUAGAACCACAGCCAUGUAGGGGAUACAAAUAACCAAAAACCUUUUUUGAUUAUUUCAUUCAGAUUUACUUGAUGGGCCUGAAACCUGUGCUUUCGUGUAAUGCUUGUUUGCUGCACAUUAUGGUGGGAAUCUUAACACGGAGCUUUGGGUAUGAUUUCAGGUGUCUGAGUUUUGCAGAAUGUGCAUUAAAUAAAAGAACGAUACAAACAAUUUCAUAAAACAGCAGGAGGGUCUUGUUAUGUGACUGUUUGAAGGUGUUUAGAUUUUGCAUUGUGUGAUAUUUUUUUAAGUGAAUAAUAUUAGAGGUGCCAUCUAAUUAACAAAGACUCGAUGGAUUUUUUGCUGUUUUAAUGAGACAUGACCCAAAGUUAAUAUCUGCAGUUUUCUACUUUUCACUAGCCUGCAUGGCUCAUGCAGUGCUCCAUUUUUUUUUUAGACCUGUGGAAGCUGUGCCAUGAGUAUGGAAGCUCCUGUGGAGCACAGAGGUGUUACUCAGCACAGUAUUUAUUCUGUUUUCCAGUAUUCAAGUCCUAUAGCUGCUCCUAAUUCUCCCAUCGCCAACCAGAAUUAUGCUCCUUUAUUAUGUGAUCAGUUUGAUUGCCGGCACUAGGCUUGUUUCUAUACAAGGGGUGAUGAUUAUAUUAAAUGUAUAUAUGAUGCAGUAUAAUUUUACUUUCAAGAAAUUUUCUUACUUCCAAAAUAAAAAAUAAGUGUUAUUAUCAUUUUUGCACCAUGUGAGAAAAGUAAUGUUUCAUGGUGCUGGCCUUUCCUGGUGGUUCAUCAUGAAGUGUGUGCACUUGACAUGUGACAAGAAACACUACAGGAAAUGUGCCCAUGCACUCCUCCGUCUGGCCGUGUGCCUCCUGCAGAAAUAGCAUGGGGGAGGUUCUGGGUGGACCACUACAGGCUUUUUGGCAGCCUUCCUUUACUAUGCAAACCACAAGAAGAACAGCAGCUUCCUUGGUCCUGCAUGGGAGGGUGUCAUGGUAAAAGCACAACUUGAAGAUGUCACUAAUAACUUCAAGGACGCUGCAGUGAAAUGAAGUUUCAAAUUGACCUCAUUAAUAUGCUUCAGCUUUUCUAACCUCACAAAUUUAUUUGUAGAGAAAACGUGGAUUUGUGUUAACUGCACCUUAAUUUUUGGAAAUUUUCUUUAUUUUAAUAAACUAUUGAUGAAACA